GGAUUUACCAAUACCAUCAUCUGGUAAUAAAGAAAAAUUUCUAGACAAGAUUUCAGGAGCAGGCUAUAACAUUAACCAUAUGAUAGGAGCUGGAAUAUUUCGAAACCCCGGUUUUAUAUGGUUUCUGAUUAAGUCACCAGGAAUUGCUUUAAUACUUUGGGUUGUCGGAGGCAUUGUUAGUUUAUUUGGAAGUCUAGUUUACAUUGAGUUGGGUAUUAGAGCAUUUCCUCGUGGAAUAGGAGAACAAAUUUAUAUUGAUGAUGCAUUCAAAAGGAAUUUAGGACAUAUAUUUAGCUUUGUAGCAAUUUUUGCAAUCUUUCCUGGAUCUAUAAUAGCUGAUUCCUUUACUUCCGCCAGAUACCUUCUUUAUGCCAUUCAAGGAAAUUCUUAUGACGAUAAUAAAAUCAUUCUAGCAAUUGUUACAAUUAUUAUGUUAGCAAUAGUCAUGGCAUACCAGAUACUUUCUAACAAAUUAUUCGUCUAUAUAAAUCAAGCACUUGCCUUGAUUAAAAUUAUGGGCUUACUUAUUAUUUCCAUAGUCGGACUAGUAAACUUAUCUAAUGCUGGCAAUUGGAAAACUAUUUUCGAUAAACCUUCACCUGAUUUUGGAGACUAUAGCGAAGCUAUGAUAAAGAUUCUAUUUGCAUAUGAAGAUUUUCUUACUAAUACUGCUUUUAUAACAGUGGUUGAUCAUGAUUAUUAUGUCAACAUGACCAAUUUUAAGGAAAGCUUUGAUAACGCUAUUGCUUUACGUUUUGUUGGAAAUAAUGAUCUUCAAAAAAGUUUUAUGUCAGCAUUUGUCGCAAUUUCUGCUUUUGGGAGAGUAGGGUCAAUGUUUUUCGCUUAUGCACGAAUUAUUGCAUACGCCGAACAAACCAGGUUCAUGCCUAAAAUAUCUAACACAUUCAAUCGUUGGCAUACAAAAUUCA